AUAGAGCAAUAAAAAACAGUCAGAAAAUAACAAUCAACCAUACUCAUUUAGUUGCAGUUGAAGCUUCUCUUGGGAUGGAUAUCGAAGACGGUAAAUUAGAUUGUGGUUCACCAGAUGCGUCAGUGGCAGAGAAGUGUAUGUCAAGUAGUGAUGCUACUACCCAGGGCGAUGGACAAUGUGACACGAGAGUAAUAGCUCAAAUUAAAGCUGGGACGUUGCGUGGAAUAAUUGAACGGCUGCCCAAUGGAGGAAACAUGUACGUCUUUAAAGGGAUUCCAUACGCUCAAGCACCCGUUGGUGAACUGAGGUUUAAGCCUCCCCGCCCGCUUGAAAAGCUCACGAAUGAAAUACUGGACUGCACACAAGAUGGACCGGGUUGUUACACAGUCGACAACUAUCUACCGAACGACCGCAUGUCGGAGAGCUGUCUAUAUUUGAACGUGUAUUCACCGGCCCAACAAAGCCCCAAAUGUGAAACUGACAAAAAGUUACCCGUCAUGAUAUGGAUCCAUGGUGGGGGCUUCGUUAGCGGAAGUGCCCAAUCAUCUAUGUACAAUCCCAAACACCUGGUCCAGGAAGGAGUCGUCGUGGUCACCGUCAACUACCGGCUAGGACCACUUGGCUUUCUCUGCCUACCGUCAAUGGGAAUUUACGGCAAUAUGGGACUGAAAGAUCAGAGAAUGGCUUUUCGAUGGGUUGGUGACAAUAUAUCGGCUUUCGGAGGGGAUCCCAAUAAUGUCACAAUUUUUGGACAAAGUGCAGGAGGUGCAUCCGUGCAUCUGCAUUACCUCUCGGAGAUUUCUCGACAGUAUUUUCAUAAAGUAAUCGCUCAAAGCGGGACUGCUUUCAAUCAAUGGGUCUUUCAGAGAAAUCCUGAAGAACGUUCACGAAAGCUGGCGACCCUUCUAGGGUGUCCAUCUGAUGACGAUGACAGGUUGAUCUACGACACUUUGAUGAAAGCAUCUCCGAAGGAGCUAACUGAAAUUCAAUAUGAAGUUAUGUCUGACCGGGAAAGAAACGUAUUAGUAAACUUUCCUUUCACACCUGUGAUAGAGAAGCCCGGUUCAGAUGAUCCAGUUAUAACGGAUAAUCACAUGAAUCUAGUGAAACAGCAAUUCGCUAAGGACAUUCCAAUCAUUAUGGGUAUCACAAAUGAAGAAGGAGCUGGUCUCGCCAAUCACGUAAUUGAUAAUAUGGAGCAGUAUACAACAAGCAUAACGGAUCAGCUGGUUCCUUUUGCAUUUCACAAAGAAGAUAAUCCAAAUCUCCGUGAUAUAUACCAUGAAAUAAAACAGUUUUUCUUAAAGGGAGAAGCGUUAACUUUAAACAAUGUUCCAAUUCUGGUACAAAUUUUGGGUGAUAAUGCUAAUAAAUAUGCCGGGUACCAAUCAGCCAAACUGCACUCACGUUUUCAAACAGCCCCGCUCUAUUUCUAUAUUUUUUCUUACACAUCUGAGUUGAACAAAAUGCGGCUAUUAGCGAAAACGCCUGAGAACUGUCCUGGAGCUGUUCACGGAGACGAUCUCUGCUAUCUUUUUGAGUCAUCGUUCUUCAACACACAAGCGGUGAGCCCCCAAUCAAUGGCAAAGCGACGAAGGAUGUGUCAUCUUUGGACGAACUUUGCCAAAUUUGGCGAACCAUCACAGGAAUGGCCACAAAUACCUCUGCAUGAUGACAAAACUCGAUUUGUAUUGAAAGCUUUAGAGAUUUGUGAUAAUCUUUCAGUAGUGAACAAUCCAUUUUCCAGUAGAUUUGAUUUUUGGGACAAUAUUUUCAGGAAAUAUGGUGAAACUCAAUGCGAUUCUUACUGUGAAUAGAAACAACAUAGUUUAUACAAAAAAAAACUAUUUUAAUAUCAAUUUUACUUAUAAACUUCAAAAAUACCUA